GCCUUCUGUACAUAGGCAAAUGGUCCGACAAGAACCCACCGCAUUUUCAUCUUCAAAAAACUUCCACUCAGAGCCGAGCAAGUGCUCAAAGUCACAGAGAUGGUUCUCUCUCACCUCUCUAGAAUCAACAACUUUCUCUUUACUUCACCAAUUCAUCGAAAUUUCAGCUUAUUUGCAAAAACCAAUAAACCCAUUAUCGCGGCAACAGGAGCCCCCAUUCUCACAUCGACCCCAUUCCCCGUCCCCAAAUCCACUCUCACAGCCGCCGAACCAAUUCCUAUCACCGAAUUUACAGAGUAUCCGGAAGAAACCCAGCUACCCAUUUCCCCUGAGAAGCUAUUUGUGCCGCCGGAUACUGAUAUCUCCGGCGGCGGGGGGGCAAGAAUCUUGAAGGGAUCGAACAUUGUGUUGGGUCGGUACGCAAGAGAUGCGCAAGUUUCUCAGGCGGAUUUUGUAAAGAGUAGUGUGAGAACUGAGGACUGCCCUUCUGAUGGGCUUCCUGAAUUUGCCCUUGUUGGGCGCUCGAAUGUGGGGAAAUCAUCUCUGUUGAAUUCACUCGUUCGGCGGAAGAAGCUCGCUCUCACCUCCAAGAAACCAGGAAAGACACAGUGCAUAAACCACUUUCGAAUUAACGAUAGUUGGUACUUGGUCGAUUUGCCUGGAUAUGGGUAUGCAGCUGCACCACAGGAACUCCGAACAGAUUGGAACAAGUUUACCAGAGACUAUUUUCUGAAUCGGUCCACAUUGGUUUCAGUUUUCCUUCUCAUAGAUGCAAGCAUUCCUGCCAAACCAAUUGAUCUUGACUAUGCUAGUUGGUUGGGUCAGAAUCAGAUUCCAAUGACGAUAAUAUUCACGAAAUGUGACAAACGGAAGAAGAAAAAGAAUGGGGGAAAAAGACCAGAAGAAAAUGUGAGCGACUUUCAGGAACUUAUAAGUGGUUUUUUCCAAACGACUCCGCCGUGGAUUAUGACUAGCAGUGUCACCCAUCAAGGUCGGGAUGAAAUUCUUCUACAUAUUGCUCAGCUGAGGAACUACUGGCUCAAGCACUGAAUUUUUUUUUGCAGCCUCAUCUUCUUGAAUCAACCAGUGAUUCCUUCUCCCUCUCCCUCGCGUGCGAUUCUUCUCAGUGAACGAGGUUGUGAUGAACAACGAGCACGGAGCUUCAGACGGUGGCACAGCCAAUGGAGGUGGAGACUUUGACGGUGGCGACUAAGUUGCGGUUCAACAACUUGGAUGGCUGCUAAACUCUUCUAUUCGACAUCUUAAUGAAGUGAUACGAUGUGUUGGGAGAUUUAAUAUCUCAAGUGUACACUGUACAAAAAACUUAAAUUAACGGCAGAUUGUGAUCCCAGACAUUCAACUUUUAAUAGCUAACAUAUGGUUUAGAUUCUGUAACACUAUGUCAAGAAAACAAAUAACAGGACAAAUACCAUCUUCAAUUGCUGUGUUUCA